GUACAGAGCUCUUGAAGAGUGGCAACUUUGCUCGAAAACAGAGAUCUCUCUCUCGCUACCACCAUGGUGGUAUUUGAGCACCUGCUGCUGCAGAGAGGUAGAAGAGAGUAAACCAUAUGACAACAUUUCUUUUUCCUUCUGUCACUCACAGCCCUACACAAAUGCACCCAGUCUGGAUUUAGUUCAACACACCAGGCUCCUUCCAACUUUCUUAUUAUCCCCAAACCAAAACUUGCUCAGCAGAAACUCCUCUUCUUGUGCACAGCACUGGGCACGUUCUUUCCACUUACUGAGGAAUUUAUAGACCUUGUGGCAAAGAGUUAAAGGUCUUUGCUGAUAGAGGUGGAGAAAAGAGAUUCCAGAAGCAGAACUGCAGAAGAAAACUACUUUGUACCCUAUUGUACUAUAAAGACAUUUUACUCUAAGUUAUCUUCAAUACCUCCUGAUAGGUCUUUAAGCCUUUCAGCAAACGAUGACCUCUAAUGCAAGAACUGUGACUGCCAGGAAGUCUUUGGAGCUGGGCGGUAUCUGCAGCGAGUUGGCAGAGAAAAAAUAAAGAGUGUGACCGCAGCGGGGAGAGCAGGGUGGCGGCCAGGAGCGGCAGCUGCCCGCGGCAUCCUUCCAGCAGAUGUUCUGCUCUCCAGCAAAAGCCAGCAUUUCGCAGGACUCCAGCAGCACUUUGCCUGGGGAGCUGAUUUGUUGUAGCUAUGUCUGUUUGAAGAGAAAAUCCACAACUUCGAAACUUUCCCUUCUACAGUUCUUGGAUAAUAAGGUUACCUUUUUAUUUUUGGAAGCCUGGCUUGAAUAUCUUUGGAAUAUUGUAUUGGAAUGCAAGUAAUCCCACUCCUUUGAUGCAUAAUAGCUUGAGAUUUGUAGCAUCUAAGAUUUCAUGGACAUUUGGAGUCAGAAACUGCAGAGGAGAGGGGCAUUGCAGGUACUCGAUCUCAUUGUCCAACGGGGUAUUCUUAACACAUGCUAAAUUUGUAAAAGGGCAAACACCAAAGUUUGUCAAUGAUCUGCAUUUUAGGAGGGAUUUACUGUUCACAAGGUUCUGAAAAGUGGUACCUGAAAGAUCCUGACCUCCUUUACAGACUCCUUGGAGGAGUCUUGGUUCAUUAAACUCCACUGCAAAGACCAAACAGCCAUUUUCCUCGUUUGCUAUUUAAAUUAGGCAACUAUUAGUGCAAGACACCAAACUCCCCAAAGGAUCUGGGGAAAGCUGCUGUGCAGAAAAAGCAGUGAUAAUGAGAAGAAAUGAUUUAAAAAAACUCUGCAGCGAUGCUCAGGUGAGAGUCUUCGGGAAAUGUUGCCAACUGAAGCCCGGAGGAGACAGCUCUUCUUCCUUGGACAGUUCAAUCAAUUCAUCCUCCUCAUUCUCUGAUCCAAAAGAACAAUGCCCAAAAUACCAGGGUUCUCGGUGCUCCUCAGAUGCUAACAUGCUUGGGGAGAUGAUGUUUGGCUCUGUGGCCAUGAGCUACAAGGGCUCCACAUUGAAAAUUCACCAGAUCCGCUCACCUCCUCAGCUCAUGCUCAGCAAGGUUUUCACAGCUCGCACUGGAAGCAGCAUCUACGGAAGUCUGAAUACGUUGCAGGACAGCCUUGAGUUCAUUAAUCAAGACAGCAAUACGUUAAAGCCUGACCACAGUACAAUUAUGAAUGGACUUCUUGGGAAUAUAGGUCUUUCACAGCUUUGCAGCCCUAGGCGGGCAUUCUCAGAGCAAGGUCCGCUCCGCCUGAUCCGGAGCGCCUCUUUCUUUGCAGUUCAUAGCAACCCUAUGGAUAUGCCUGGGAGGGAGCAGAAUGAGGACAGAGACAGCGGUAUAGCAAGAUCUGCAUCUCUUAGCAGUCUGCUCAUCACUCCGUUUCCAUCUCCGGGCUCUUCGUUUAACAAAAGCUGUGCUAGCAGUUACCAGCGGCGUUGGCGUCGCAGUCAGACUACCAGCUUGGAGAAUGGGGUCUUCCCUCGAUGGUCCAUGGAUGAAAGCUUUAACUUGUCAGAUGACAGCUCUGGUCCUAGUCCAGGAAUUGUUAGGAAGAAAAAGAUAGCAAUUGGCGUUAUUUUUUCGCUCUCAAGAGAUGAAGAUGAAAACAACAAAUUUAAUGAGUUCUUCUUCUCGCACUUUCCUCUUUUUGAGAGUCACAUGAACAAACUGAAGAGUGCAAUAGAGCAGGCUAUGAAAAUGAGUCGUAGAUCAGCUGAUGCCAGUCAGCGGAGUUUGGCAUAUAACAGGAUUGUUGAUGCCCUUAAUGAAUUCAGUCUUCUGGAUUUCUUGUUUUCUAGAACGACCAUUUGCAAUCUCUACACGAUGCCACGGAUUGGGGAGCCUGUCUGGCUUACUAUGAUGUCGGGGACGCCAGAAAAGAACCAGCUUUGCCAUCGCUUCAUGAAGGAAUUCACUUUCUUGAUGGAAAAUGCUUCUAAAAACCAGUUUCUACCAGCUUUACUGACUGCAGUCCUGACUAACCACUUGGCCUGGGUCCCUACCGUCAUGCCGAAUGGCCAGCCACCUAUAAGAAUCUUCCUGGAAAAGCAUUCUUCCCAGAGUGUGGACAUGCUGGCCAAAACUCAUCCGUACAACCCACUGUGGGCACAGCUCGGUGACCUGUAUGGGGCUAUUGGAUCACCUGUGAGAUUAGCGAAAACAGUUGUGGUUGGCAAAAGGCAUGACCUGGUACAGAGAUUGCUUUAUUUCCUUACUUACUUCAUCAGAUGUUCUGAACUUCAAGAGACACAUCUUCUAGAAAAUGGGGAAGAUGAGGCCAUUGUCAUGCCUGGAACUGUUAUAACUACCACGCUGGAGAAAGGAGAAGUAGAAGAAUCUGAGUAUGUGCUUGUCACAAUGCACAAAAACAGGGGCAACUUGCUACCGAUGGAGUCAGAAGAAAUGAGAACUCCUAACUGUAGCUGUAAAUACUGCAAAUGUCCAAUUUCCCUUGCACAAAACAUAGAAGGUGUUUCACAGCAAGAGAGGGAAGACAUGCAAAACACUCCGAAGGUAGAGCUGGAAACUUCUUCAGAUGAGAGUAGAACUAUUGUUCCUGACGAUUGCCAGGAAGAUGCUGUUGAUGUUAAGCAACCAAGGCCCUGCCUGGACACAAAACUAGAGACCAUGGUGUGCACAGGGUCAGCUUCACCAGAAAAACGUGUAGCGACGGAAUCUGAUUUGGAGCCAACAGCAAAUGCGUGGAGGAAUGAAGACUCGCUGGAAUCGGGCAACCAGGCGGUCAGUGUAACAAGGUCACCCGGUAUUGCUGUGGAAAAGAAGCCACCUGAUAAGCUCUUCUGCGAUGCGUUUCCUUGCAGUGCUGCCGAAGCUCAGACAAAGGUGACUUUCCUCAUCGGAGAUUCCAUGUCACCCGAUUCAGACAUCGAACUCAGAAGUCAGGCAGUAGUGGAACAAAUUGCUAGGCAUCACAGCCCGCCAGCAACGGAGGAAGGAGUGUCUGCUGAUCAGAACUGUGAAGCUAAACAAACUGUUGAGGACCAAAAUAGAGACUGUGGGACAGCUGAACCCUUUCCUCAAGUUGCUAGUGAGCAUCAGAGCUGGAAUCCAAAUCCAUACAACGCUGAGAGCAUGAGUCUGUUUGACGAAUAUUUUACUGAUGACAGUUCAAUUGAAACCCGGACUAUUGACGAUAUUCCAGGGCAAGCAGCUACAGACCUUGCUCACAACGGUAGUUUAGAGUUUUCUAAAAAGCUGUGUACAAAGACUAGCAAACCACCUAGCGAGUUUUGUAAAUUUAUGGACUCUGUUCGACAAGAGACCUACAAAAACUGCUUUAAUGAGCAGGACCAAAGAGAGAAAAUCUCUAUUCGCGUCCCCCAUGGGGACAGAGAAAACGUAGAGAAAAAAGUCGCCCCGGGAAUUGACUGGGACAUUCCAAGAAAUGAGAGUUCAGAUAGUGCCCUGGGUGACAGCGAAAGUGAGGAUACAGGUCAUGAUCUAACUAGACCAAGCGGUAACUAUUAUGGAGGAGAGCAAGAAGAUUGGGCAGAAGAAUAUGAGAUUCCCUUCCCUGGGUCAAAAUUAGUUGAAGUGAACUCUGUCCAGCCCAGUAUUGCCAAUUUUGGAAGAUCCUUACUAGGUGGCUACUGUUCAUCUUACGUCCCUGACUUUGUUUUGCAAGGAAUAGGAAGUGAUGAGAAGCUGAGGCACUGUUUGGUGUCAGAUUUGUCUCACGCUGUGCAGCAUCCUGUUCUGGAUGAGCCGAUUGCAGAAGCCGUCUGCAUUAUUGCAGACACGGACAAAUGGACGGUGCAAGUGGCCAGUAGCCAGAGACGAAUGAUUGAUAAUAAGCUGGGAAAAGAAGUGUUAGUCUCGAGUCUCGUCUCCAACCUGCUUCAUUCCACUCUUCAGCUUUACAAGCAUAACUUAUCCCCAAACUUCUGUGUCAUGCACCUGGAAGAUCGGCUGCAGGAGCUCUACUUCAAAAGCAAGAUGCUGUCCGAGUAUCUCAAGGGCCAGAUGAGAGUUCACGUCAAGGAGCUGGGCAUGGUGCUGGGGAUUGAAUCCAGCGACCUCCCUUUACUGGCAGCUGUAGCAAGCACUCACUCUCCAUAUGUUGCCCAGAUACUACUUUAAAAUGCCAGAGGCCACAGACGUUGACUUUUUUUCCCCUCUGGAAACAAAGUGGAAGACAACUUGUUCUGGCUCCUUUCUCUUUGAAGCAACUAAAACAAACUGCUCGCCGAGCUGCAGCACCUCCAUAUAUGACUGCGCCUUCUGCAAACAGUUGGAGGCUUUUCCGCUCCCACUUGGUCAUUUAUAAAAAAGGAUGAAGAAAGGAAAAAAGAAAAAUGAGUCAGCCCGAGAUUUCAACUACAGAAAAGCAAAGAUUUUAGCAAAAGCUGAAGAUCUGCAUUUUUUUAUCAGUUUCUGCCACAGUGGCGAACUGUAAUUUAUACUGGGGAACGCGAGGAAGAACUGCUUUGAGAAAUAGGUGAUGCUCUCGCCAAUUAGAAACGUCACGAGAGAACGCAGCGGCUCUCUUCAGACUGGCUUCUACUGAGUAGGAUCUCGUUGCGAUCUGCAAUUCCCGAGCUGCAAUGAUUUGUAAACAACUUCUACUUUUUCAUGUCAUAGUCGAAUCCUGGAUCC